GGAUGGCAUUUUAUAUCCGUCCGAUCAAUCUCCAACGCCCCCAUCUUCACCCUAUAUAUAGCCCUAUCAUUCCUAACAAUUUGAACCUUUACAUUCUUUUCUUCUAGAUUCUGCAACUCAGUUUCUGAACAAGAGACCAGAGUCGUUUGAGAUGGCCCGUACAAAGCAAACUGCUCGUAAGUCAACUGGAGGAAAAGCUCCCAGGAAGCAGCUUGCAACCAAGGCUGCGCGUAAGUCUGCACCAACAACUGGGGGUGUGAAGAAGCCACAUCGAUAUCGUCCCGGAACUGUUGCUCUUCGUGAGAUUAGGAAAUACCAGAAGAGUACUGAGCUUCUUAUCAGGAAGCUCCCAUUCCAGAGGUUGGUUCGUGAAAUUGCUCAGGAUUUCAAGACUGAUCUUCGUUUCCAGAGCCAUGCUGUGCUUGCGUUGCAAGAGGCUGCCGAGGCAUACCUCGUUGGGCUCUUUGAGGACACCAACUUGUGUGCCAUUCAUGCCAAGCGUGUGACUAUUAUGCCCAAGGAUAUCCAGCUAGCAAGGAGGAUCCGUGGGGAGCGUGCUUGAGGAGAUGGUAGGGUUGGUGUUUGUUUAGAUGUGGCUGCUCGUGAUGGUGUUUUGUUAUUCAGAUUUCUUCUUUAUUCAAAGGAUAGGUUGGUAGGGAAGUAGGUGUUUUACUGGUAGUCGAUCAAUUGUUAUAUAGACAAAUACUGUUAAGGGUUUGUGACUGUCUUCUCUGCAAGAAAUUGUUAUGUAAUUGAUUUUUGGAGACGUGUCUGUGAAAAUGUUUUGUCUGGAUGUGCAGCCACUUUGGAAUUGUAUUGGACAACAUUAAGUUGCCAUCUAAUUUGGUUUAAGCUAAGCUUAUUGUGCUUGUUCUGGUCCAAGUUGAUGGUUUGUAAUUAUUGUUCACCUUGUUUCAUAAUAACCGGUCUUCUGUAACUUAUUUGUAGAAUAUACGUGCAUGUACAAGUAUGUAUAA